CAGCUGGUCAUGGACUACGAUGUUUUGCUCAGACUGAUGAUCCUUGGAGAUUCAGGAGUUGGGAAAACCUGCUUGCUGCGCAGGUUCACGGAAAAUGAAUUUCAUCCCUCGCAUAUUUCCACAAUCGGAGUUGAUUUUAAGAUGAAAACAUUAGAAAUAGAUGGAAUUAAAGUGCGAGUGCAGAUAUGGGACACGGCCGGUCAGGAACGUUAUCAGACCAUCACUAAACAGUACUACAGACGGGCCCAGGGCAUCAUCCUUGUAUACGACGUCACAAAUGAGCCAUCCUUUCAGCACAUAGUGAAGUGGGCCAGUGAUGUGGAUGAAUAUGCCGCUGACAAGGUGCAGAGGAUCCUGGUGGGGAACAAGUCUGACGAGGUGAAAGACAGGCAGGUGACCAAGGAACAAGGAAGCAAGGUAGCUCAAACCUUCGGAUUGGACUUCUUUGAAACCAGCGCGUACACCAACAGUAACAUCAACGAGUCAUUCACGCGGCUGGCCGAGCUCGUGCUGGAGGCUCACAGGAAAGAAGCGGACAACCUGCUGGGAUCCCUGGAUGAUUAUCUGAACAACACCGCUCUGGAGGGAAAGACGGGCAGUCAAGACGCGAAUGCCAGCACAAAGAGGACUUGCUCGUGUUAGCAAGAGGAGCAUCCCAGUGCCAUGGCCAACAAGCAAAAGAUGUUUUUUGUUCCACCGCUGUGACUUUUAACAGUUGCAGUUGUUUGUGAUUGAGAGAUUAUCUUGUUUACCAGGUUUUGCCCAUGAUGCUGCUGAAACACUGCACUGCUCCUCCUCCUUCUUCAUCGGUUUUGAGAUCUGUCUGCUGCAAACGUGUUUGAUGGCACUGGAUUAACUUGUAGGGCAGCUGCAGUAUUAUGGAGGUGAAAGCAGUUAGCAGCAGCUGCCAGCAGAGGGACAAUCUUGUUGCAUGAUCACUGAACCCUGUGGCCAAUAAAGACUAUAGCUGUAGUUUAUGAAAAUUCUGUUCUAUGCAUUUGCUCCAAUAACAAUAUCAACACCCAUUCUAUUUACCUUUACUUUCUAGAUACGUUAUAAUGCAGAAUACGUCAUAUUGUUUUAUUGCAUCCCAUUAACUUUGCUCUCUCAUCUGCCAUGUGCACAUCUGCAAAUUGACUUGUAAUAUUGAAGUGUGCAUCUUGACUAUUUCAUAUCAGUCCUCAACACUAUUUAUUAAGGCAGGAUGAGUAUGGAGGCUAUAACAAGCCUGCCAGAGGACAAAGUUUAAUUAUUUAUGGCAAGAAACUCAAACUGAGCUGGGAUGGAUUCGUUUACACAAUGGAGUUAUUUAUUCAAGGUAGACAGUGUCAUGCCAUGCACAAUGACUUUCUUCAAUACAUGUUUAUUGUUUUCCACCUUGAAAGCAUUUGUACACUGUUUUUAUGAAUGUUUUUUUAUUGGAGGUGGUGCAUUUUUUAUACACUAUACUAUAGUACUGCUAGACCCUGACUCUCCUCACCAAAGUCUAUUCAAGUGCCAUAAAAGUUGUCAUUUUGA